AUGAACAACGUUCUGAAGGCCUGGGAAGUGAAAGUUAAGAAAUCACAGGCAUCUGCUAAGAAAAGAGCAGCGACUAUGUUCACAACAAUGUCUGUAGCCCAUGUAGACGAGGAAGCUAGUGACAUAGAAGUUUCCCAUGUCGAAAAGAUCUUCUCCAAUGGCGACAUCUAUAUUGGUCAAUGGGUUGCAGAAAACUACCCUCAUGGAGAUGGAAAGUACUUAUGGUCAGAUGGGUGUAUGUAUGUUGGUGAGUGGUGUAAAGGUAAGAGUAAUGGUAAAGGCAAAUUUAGUUGGCCUUCAGGUGCUACUUAUGAAGGUCAAUUCAAGAACAGUUAUAUAGAUGGUGAGGGUACUUUUACAGGUUCUUUAAAUGAUACUUACAAAGGCUUUUGGGUGAUGAACAAGAAACAUGGAAAAGGGAAAGAGAGUUAUGGUAAUGGUGAUCACUAUGAAGGGAAUUGGAGAAAGGGAUUACAAGAUGGACAAGGGACAUAUCAAUGGAAUAGUGGUCAUCAGUAUAUAGGGCAAUGGAAGAAGGGAAAGAUGAAUGGGAAUGGAAUCAUGAUUUGGAGUAAUGGAAAUCGGUUUGAUGGGAAUUGGGAAGGUGGAUUACCGAGUUCUCAUAAAGAUUUGGAUCCUCUUUUGUUAUUUUCAGUUGAAAUGAGUGAAUGUGUGGUUCAUGAGGCGGAAUCCCCUUCUGUAUUCCCUUCUGAGAAGAUGUUUAGUUGGUCAAAAGGUGAAAGCAAACAUCACAAGCAUCACAAACAACAAAUUAGGAUAAAUUCCAAAAAUGAAAACAAAGGAAUUAAUCUACAACCAGUAGAGAGACAAGGUGUCACAAUAUGCAAAGGUCACAAGAAUUAUGAACUCAUGCUCAAUUUACAGCUUGGAAUAAGACAUUCUGUAGGGAGACCUGCACCGAGUAAAUCUGUUGAUUUGAAGGCUACGGGUUUUGAUACUGAAGAAAAGUUAUGGACAAAAUUUCCUCCGGAAGGUUCCAAACAUACGCCACCUCACCAAUCAUGUGAUUUUAGAUGGAAAGAUUACUGUCCAUUCGUUUUCAGGACUUUAAGGAAACUGUUCAAUGUGGAUCCAGCUGAAUACAUGUUAUCGAUUUGUGGGGAUGAGGCUCUUCGGGAGUUAUCUUCACCUGGAAAAAGUGGAAGCUUUUUUUACAUGACACAUGAUGACAAGUACAUGAUCAAGACAAUGAAAAAAGCAGAAGUCAAAGUACUAAAGAGGAUGCUUCCAUCGUAUUUUGAGCAUGUGAAAGCGUAUGAAAACACUCUUGUGACCAAGUUUUUUGGAUUACAUUGUGUGAAGUUGAGUGGAACUUCUCAAAAAAAGGUGCGAUUUGUUAUCAUGGGAAAUUUGUUCCAUACGAAUGUACGGAUUAACAGGCGGUUUGACUUGAAAGGAUCUUCACAUGGGCGAAUAACAGAUAAACCCGAGUCUCAAAUCGAUGCAAAUACCACUCUCAAAGAUCUUGAUCUUAAUUUCAUCUUCCGCUUGCAGAAUGAUUGGUUUCAAGACUUCUGUAGGCAAGUGGAGAAAGACCUCGAGUUUCUUGAACACGAAAGAAUUAUGGAUUAUAGUCUUUUAGUUGGUGUAAGCUUUCGUGAAUCCAACCAAGAAUUAGAAAAUUUAAAUUCUGAGCCGAAUAGCACAGGGACUUCUCCUAGGGUUUCUUCAGCCGAUACUGACACUUCUAUCACUUCUCUCAAUCCCACAAGGUGGGCAUCUGUGAGGCUUGGAAUGAACAUGCCAGCACGGGUUGAAUCCAUGGUUAGAAGUCAUCAAAAUCAAUUAGUUGGAGAAGCAAUGGGGGAAUUUUAUGAUGUCAUAUUAUUUUUUGGUAUAAUAGAUAUACUACAAAAUUAUGACAUCAAUAAGAAGCUUGAACAUGCGUAUAAAUCAUUCCAGUUUGACCCGACUUCUAUCUCGGCUGUUGACCCGAUACAAUACGCGAAACGUUUUCGGGAUUUUAUAUUUAGUGUUUUUAAAGAAGACGAUUAAAAGGGCUCGGGAGUUUUUUUUUGUGACCCUCAAAUGUAUAGUUAUAGGGAGGGAUUUAUAAGAUGGAUAUCAGAAGAAAUUCUUUUGGAGACAGAGAAAAUCAAGGACUCCACAUAUUUAAUUGGUGAUAUAAUGUAUACAUAUGCGGUUUCAGGGCCAAAUUUGGUUCGGUUUUAGUUGUAGGUUAGUAUAGAGGUUAGAGGUUAUUGAAGUUGUAGAUGUGUGGAAUUUUGUAGUGAUAUGGUAAAUGUAUACAUAAUUAUUAUAUUAUCAAUGGACAAAAAAUAUAUUAUG